AUGUCUGAAAUGGAUGAGGAUGGUCCUCAAGUGUCUGAUAAUUCCUCGCAACAUUCAACUCAUCGUACGCUCAUCAUUGAUGAAAAGAAUAAGAUUUUUCUUAAGUGUACUCAUAUAGAUGACAAAGGGAACCCUUUUGGCCUUGGAUCGCUUCUAGAGACACUGAACAAAAGAAAAAGGAAAGAGAGUUAUGCAAGCUCUUCUACUUCAACUGUUGCGCAACUUCAAGAGCAGCUGCAGCUCAAGAUAUCUGAACAAGAGGAGCAAAAUGCAAAACUUGAUGAGGAGCAUCGCCAAUCUCAAUCUCGGAUAGCCAGCUUGGAGAAGCUCGUCCUCUUCAUGAAAGAAAAAAGAUCCUGAGUUGGCUGCUUAUUUGUCAACUGAUUCUACUCAACAUGAACCAGACACACAUCCAACCAACACAACUCCAUCCACACUUCCAACCACCACAACCCCCGCACCAGCCAUCACAGUUGCAUGCACCACACCCUUAGUCUCCACUUUAGCUACUAUUUCUAACACUUCUUCUAACCAUUAAACUUGAUCUUUUGUAGCUUUUGUUGUUUUUGUUGAAACUUGUUUAGGAUUUCUAUGAC